UUUUCAAGUUUUAAUAUGCAGUGAGUGGUGAAGUCAAAUCUAAUCUUAUUUUCAAAAAGGAAUAAUGUGAAUGCAAUUGUUUAGUGUUCGAAAGGAUAUAAGUUAAUUGGAAGGAGUUUGGAGUUUUCAUAGAGUUUGAACAAGGAUCCUUGUGAAGUGAUAAUUUGAUUUUUUUAAGUGACUGGAUUAGAGUGAAUUAAAUUGUGAAAGAUCUCUACUGGCAUGGAGCUAGGAGCGCACUGAUAGUGAUAGUCUACGAGAUCUUGGUUUCUAUGCAUUGCCUGCCAAAGAAGAACUGAGCCCAAUGUUUCCACACAAUUCUAGUUCACAUGAGAUUUCUACCGAAACAAAUGCCUUCGUACAAAAUUCCAAGGGAGAUGUAGUAGUAUUAGAGGGAAGCAGUCUGAGUGGGGUGGGGGAGGGGAACGGACCAGAGCACGCUAGGUACUGUGAUAUCAAAUCCAUAAACAGCAGCAUGAUGGCAGCACCUACCAGCCACCCCGAAGCUACCGCCGCCAAUGACUUCUUAACCGUCCUGUCACGCCAUUCUGGUGAGUUCAGCUCAGCCAGCAUCGGCGAGGCCCGCCAGUCAGUGGCGCCAGCAACCACAAAAAACCCAACAAAUCACCUUCUAACCUAUGAUAAUAAUAAAGUAAAUAACCACAACAAUGCAGAACAUAAUCAUCACAAGUACAGACAGCAAAACACACCGAGCUUGCUUGGUCAGCUAGGCAGCUCCGCCGAUAAUUCUAAGUCUACUUGUAAGCCGUUAAGUGAUAAUAAGGAUAGCUUUAGCGAUCUAAGCAUUAGGGUACUAAAGAUAAGUCUAUAUCUAAACGUUACGAGGGGUGAUGCGUGCAACCCCGCUGGGGUACCUAGCCUAGUUAGGAUACCCAAGUCUGAUUACCCCCAGCGGCUGCCGUAUCUCGCUGACUCUGUCGACAAUUACUCCUUACUAGGGUCCCGCCUUUGCAGAGGCAACAACAAUAACCUUAAGGCUAAUCUUAGUUUCAUAAGUAAUAAUAACUCAAAGUCUGUGAUAUUGCUCAGCUCAACCAGUUACGGUGACUACUAUCUUCUCCUUAACAACAAGAGCCUCGCCACUGAAUCUUCUCUUCUAGUUGACACAAAUAAUACUUCUGACGGAUUGGAAAGCAUGAAAUCACUAAGCGGUAACCGCUCUCUGGUUAGCGAUCUCGCGCAAAUCCACCGAUGGCUCGUUGAAAACCAGAUCAUCGCACCCACAACGAGCAGUCAACGAACACCAACGGCAGAAAGUGUCUCUGAAUGUCAAAUCGAUGAUUUGGAUGACACCACUCUCGAGAAAAGAUCGUUCCCCGCUUACGCUCAGAAUUUCGCGGCGCAUUCCGCCAGUUCUUCCAUUACGCUUAUCGUUUCCAAAAACGAAAUCACCGACCACGCUCUGCAAUCUUUCCUAGAGAGUCUCACACGAGUCCGAGAACCAUCUACUUCUCCAUUGGGACACCUCACCGUGACCGAGCUGACGCAACGCAUAUGUGUUCCAUUAUUGAUAGAAUCUAAGCGUUACGAUAACGACGUUGGUAAUAAUGAUAGUUAUUAUUAUUAUUAUUAUUGUAAUAGUAAUAAUAAUGAAGUUAGUGAUAGGUGUAUCGGAGAAGAAAUGAAUAUUAGAAACAAUAAUCGAGAUGUUAUCCAAGACAUUGUUAACGUCGCUGUGUGCUACAAGACUAGUUCUAUAAUGACUACUAAUGUUAGGACGUUAGGGUCUCAAAAUAAUGGUAUUAACUGUACCGAAGCAACAAUGUUUACUGUUGGUGCUCUUUCAUUUCAGGAUAACGAUAAGUCUAACAAGCCUCUAAACGAUAGCUUUAAGAACGAUAAGUAUCAAGUGUCUACUAAGAUUGGUCAUGAAUCUAACUCUACCGUUAAGUCUGUAUCUAAGUCUACGCUAAGCGAUAAGUCUAGCAAUAAGUCUGAAUUGUCUCGCACCGGGCGCGACAUAUCCGAUGACAAAGAGCGAGUUAGGUCGGCCGUCAACAUUCCUACACUGACUAUCUGCGAGCCUACGAUGACGCUUAAAUGCCAAUCAGCCACCGUCACAUCCCAAACAAAUGCUGUACCUGUUUCUCAACCCGAGAAUUGCUCGAACGAAGACGAUGAUGAUGAUAUUCGAUCGCAACCUUGGGUCCAUGAUAUCAACCCAAAGCACGACAUUACUGACAACUACUCGAUUUCCAAUGAUUAUAAGUUAGCAAAGACCAACAAUCAAGACGACAGCGCCGCAGAGCAAACAUUUUUAUCCUUGUACGAUCAAGACUGUAUCGCCCUAGAGGCUCUUAUCAAUGCACAUGACAAGGAAACUCUCUCCUGCGUGAAACUCGAGUCGCCGCGACUGAUCGCCUAUGUUCGCACUCUCAUUCCAGCAUAUCAAAAAGCUUACCAAUUCGACAAAGACAAAUGUGAAAUUGAGCGUCAACGACUGAAGGAUGCCUUGAAUACUCUUUUUAGCCGACCGAUGCGUACAUGCAACAAAAUUCUCAAUCCGAUUCUCGAUUAUAAACGACGUUGGGGGAUUCCCUCAAUUUUGCGAUUGAUGGGCGGUGGAGAGAGUUCACUCAACACCAGUGGAGCUGCCAACUGGGGAGCCACUCAGGCCACAACUCCCAACAAUAAUAACGCCACGCAAUCCGGAUGGGGUGGAACUCCAGGAAAUCCUGCAGGAAACGCGGGACCUCCUAACAACUGGGGCGGUAACGUCAACCGAUCCGUUACUGGAAAUCCGAAUCAAAAUCAAGGUCCACCGGGGGCCCCGAACAACCAAGGGAAUGUCAACAAAGUCAGCAAUCCGAAUCAACCGCCGAACACCCAACCUGGACCGCCAACCUCUCAACCGAACAAUCCAGUCCAAGGAGGAAAUCAGAACAAUGGACAGUGGCCACAGGGAAAACCAAACAAUCCUGUUGGUCCGGGACCUAAUCCCACUGCGCAGAACAAUAAUAGCAAUAACGUGCCACAACAACCCUCAGCCACGUCCAAUCCCAACAACAAUCAAAUCGUCAAUCCUGCCCAAGGAUCCGUCGCUCCCACCACGCCAACUACCACUAAUCCGUCAACUAAGCAACAGUUGGAACAACUCAAUACUAUGAGGGAGGCACUCUUCAGUCAGGAUGGCUGGGGAUGCCAACAUGUGAACCAAGACACAAACUGGGAUGUGCCUACAUCUCCAGAGCCAAACUUAACCAAAGAUGGCGUGCCCAUGUGGAAGCCAACAGUGAACAACGGCACCGAACUCUGGGAAGCAAAUUUGCGCAAUGGUGGUCAACCACCUCCCCAACAACAGGCGAAAACUCCUUGGGGACAUACUCCCUCAACCAACAUUGGUGGCACCUGGGGCGAAGAUGAUGAAGCUGCCGACUCAUCCAACAUGUGGACUGGAGCACCCGCACCUAGUCAACCAAAUACUCCUCAGUGGCCGGGUGCUACCGGUAACCAAACCGGUAUGUGGGGAGGAGGAGGAUCCAACUGGGGCGAUCCUAGAAUCGAUCCGCGUGAUCCGAGAGACAUUCGAUCAGUGGAUCCGCGUGAGAUGCGCGAUCCUCGCGAUCACCGAAUGUCUCUAGAUCCAAGAGAACAUAUCCGUGUCAUUGAUCCAAUGGCACGCGAUCCAAGGAUGGCGGACAUGCGUGGAGAUCCACGUGGAAUAUCAGGACGUUUGAAUGGAGCGAGCGCUGACGCCAUGUGGGGACAACCUCCAGGUCCUCCGCAUCACCAAAUGGGCCAUCAGCAUCCGUCAGGCCCGCCUGCUAAAAUGAUCAAUCCGUCUAGCAUGAACCAGUGGGCUGGACCUCCACCAAAAGAUAUGAUGCCUGGCGGCAAACCAUCCGGAUGGGAAGAACCAUCUCCACCGACGCAACGAAGAAAUGUUCCCAAUUACGAUGAUGGCACCAGUCUCUGGGGAAACCCGGGAGCUAAUCAACGCGCCAUGCCAGGAACCAAAGUCUCACAUUGGAAAGAUCUGCCUGCUCAAAAUCUAGGUGGACGUGCAGGAAUGCAGUGCCCUCCAGGAAUGCCACAAAACCGAAUGCCAGGUCAGCCAGGCAUGAAACCAGACGUUGGUGGUCCCAUGUGGAAUCACCCAAGUGGACCAGGCGGAAGAAACGGAUCCUGGGACGAUGGCCAACACGAAACUGCUGGUUGGGACAAUCCUAAGGGACCUGCGGCUUGGAAUGAACCACAACUGAAUCCGGCAUCUUGGGGCGGUCCUACUGCUCACAAACCAAAGCCAAUGGGACCUAGUGGAGGCUGGGCCGAUUCUGAAAUGGAUCCCACACCCAAUUGGGGUCAUCCUACAAAACCGGCACUUACCAAAGAAAUCAUCUGGAACAGCCGGGAAUUUCGUUCACUUUGCGAACUGGGCUACAAGAAGGAAGACGUGGAAGCAGCUUUGCGAAGUCGCGAGAUGAACCGAGACGAGGCUCAAGAACUUCUGAGCCAGGUUCGUCCUUUGGAUCAAUGGCGCCGCCACGACGCUCAUUCUGGAUAUGACCUCGGAAAUCAAGCAACGACAGCACCAACUUAUCCGAGAUUCAACCAUGUCGCGCAGCAGAUGUCAUUCCCUCCGGGGGCCGGAGUGCCCAGCGGGGCGGCUACUGGUGGCGUAAGUGGCUCGGUGGCCAGCGCCAGUCUCCUCAAGCUCCAGCAGCAACAACAACAGCAGGCAGCUGUUCAACUGCAGCAACAACAGCCCAGUUCCAAUGCGCCGCAGCCUCCUUUUAACCAGGCAUCGAGAACCCCACAAAAUCAGCCUAGCACCCAGCAGCUGCGUAUGCUUGUGCAACAAAUCCAACUUGCAGUACAAGAGGGUUAUCUUAACCAUCAAAUUUUGAACCAACCCCUGGCACCUCAGACGUUGAUUCUCCUAAAUCAACUUCUACAGCAGAUCAAGGUUCUGCAGCAAUUGCAUCAGCAGCACACAGUUCAGAAUACAGUGAAAGGAAACAACCAGACGCUUCUUCAGAUCAGCGUCCAGAUUACCAAGACAAAGCAACAGAUCGCCAAUCUGCAGAAUCAAAUCGCUGUGCAGCAAGCCACGUACAUGAAACAACAGCAGCAGCAGCAGCAACAUCCAGCUGCACCCUCGCAAACUUCGGAUUACUACAAAGCUCCCGUUCAUGAUCCCAUCAGCGCUCUACAGAAUUCCUUCAGUGAUCUUGCAAUGAAUAAAGAGCCACCAGUGAGCCAGCAACAGUCCAGACUAAACCAAUGGAAGCUGCCCUCAAUUGACAAGGAUGGAGAUUCCGGUGCUAAUGAAUUUUCACGAGCCCCUGGUACCACCAGCAAACCUCCCAUAACUCCUGGAGGCCUCUCUCAAUCACACAGUAGUCCUAAUAUGAAUCCGUUGUUAGGUCAAGGCGACGGAACUUGGUCCUCGCGCCUUGGAGACAGCGGAUGGCCCGAUGCCGGAAACAGCGACUCCACCGACGGCAAAGACUGGCAACCUGGAGGCGCCGCUUUCACUGAUCUCGUUCCGGAGUUUGAACCCGGCAAGCCAUGGAAGGGUACGCAGAUGAAGAGUAUCGAAGACGAUCCUAGCAUUACUCCUGGUUCAGUGGUGCGUUCACCACUCUCCUUGGCUGCCAUCAAAGAUCCUGAUACAAUUUUCUCUUCAAGCACCAAAACGUCGCCACCACCCCAAAUCAACGCAGAAACUUCUAUUCCAAGCCUCAGCAAUUCUACUUGGAGUUUUAAUCCUCCAGCUACUACACCUAAUGCAUUUACGAGUGUAAAGAACACCUGGGGCGAUGCUGCACCUCCACCAACAGCAGUGACCUCCGAACUGUGGGGCGCUCCGAUUAGCAAAGCUCGUGGACCGCCACCAGGUUUGGGCAGCAAGGGCAGUGUAGGAAACGCUAGUAACGGCUGGAGCGGUUUGAGUGCCGUAGGCCGAUCCGCCAGCUCCUGGGGUCUUCAGCCCGGAGGAGGUGGAGGAGGCAACUCUGGCUGGGUUUCCACAUGGUUGUUAUUGAAGAACCUGACACCCCAAAUCGACGGUUCGACCCUGAAGACCCUCUGCAUGCAACAUGGACCGGUCCAAGAUUUCCGGCUGUACCUGAAUCAUGGAAUUGCGCUUACUAAGUACUCAUCCAGAGAUGAAGCUAUUAAGGCUCAAGGUGCAUUGAAUAAUUGCGUCCUCGGCAAUACUACAAUAUUCGCAGAAUCUCCUGGAGAUAGUGAAGUUCACACCCUGCUACAGCAGCUGAGUCACGGAGGUCAGCAGCAGACAAGUGGAUCAGGAGGCAGUGGUUGGGGCCUCCGACCAACGAACAAGGUCGCCCAGCCUCCCGACACCUGGGGCGGUAGCUCUAGCCAGCUCUGGGGUGCUCCGCCCACGACCAACUCUCUCUGGAGCAAUGCUGGCCUCGACAGCAGCGAUCAGCAACGAGUAACUCCCAGUUCUCUCAACUCGUAUUUGCCCGGAGAUCUGCUGGGAGGUGAGUUGAUGUAGAGAGCAAGCCAAUUGACCCCAAUACUCAGUAUGUAAUGCAGAUUAUGCGACGCAGAGAAGAUGGACCGCAACGAAUGCAGUCCACAGAAAAAUCAUAGUCAGAACCUUCGUUUUCCUUUUGUCUCCUCUGUUUUUUUUCUCGAGGCCCCUUUAUCACCGUCUCUUCGCAAUGAUCUGUUAGCCCGAUCGUAUCUACUUCUGUGUAUUUCAAUAAGUUCGCGAGUCCAGAGUGACUGUUUCUCGCGACGCGAACGGCGUUACGUGUGGAACGAUGCAGUCGAAGAGUCUUCUCGAAACGUCAAUUACAUACACGAUAGGGACGCAAUUAUUAGAAACGAGUUACUUAAAUUACCAUCGUAUACCCUCCCCCGCUUACGGAAAAGAAAGAAUGAAGAAAAGAAAGUCACAAAGGACCGAAGACACGCGAGCUUAAACCGCGAAACAUAAUUUUAACGACACGCAUCUCUACUUACUACGCUCAGAUUUCACUUUCCGUUCGCGGGUCGAGUGGAUAUACCUGUGUGCGAUCUGUUUCGAUGGAAGCUGCUGUAGCGCUCUACUCGAUUUUUAGUCAUGCAUUUAAAUAGUCGAGUGUUUGAAGAGUGUCAAGUUCAAACAAAUGAUUUACAAACAAGAGUGAUAAAAGUUGAUUUUUUAAGAGUGAAAGAUGGUGAUUUUGGAAAGAGAAGCGAGAGAGAAGUGCAAGGGAGUUUCCAUCGAAGUCCAAGGCCAAAGGUCUCCGAUCGCGUUCACGAGUGUUCCAUUUUUUGCUGGACAGUUGAAGACUGUAGCGAGUAUCAAACUUAGACUGUAUCAAUCUAAUCAAAAGAAAGAAACCUUAAACAAGCAUUGACGUCGUUGUCCGUCGGCUCGGUGACGAAUCAGCGACAGACAAGCGAAACCGACUUGCCGGCCGGACAACGACGCAACGAUACCAAAUGUUAUCGCAAUAACGUAAAUUUUAUUCUAUAUUAAAUCUAAAUGCCACCUGUCGUGCCAAUGUCCAGUGUGUCUCUGUACCAUUUAUUAAUGUAGAGUUUAAUUGAUAUUAUCGAACGCGCUAAGCGGCGAGGAAACGAAAAACAAAUAUUAACUAAAGAAAAAAGUUGCGCUUCAAUUCGAGUCAAGUAGUGGUGGCAUUAAGUACUGGCCGGUAUAUAUUUGCACUAUUGCCUUCCUAUGAAGCAAAAUGAUCACAUUUACGAUGCGUUUUUUUGCAAGGAUCAAAGGUUGCAACGUGAGAUUUUUCACCAUAAUUAGACUACGUAUUCGUAAUUUAAUUACACAAAUCAAUUUAAUUUUCGUAAAUAAAUUUUACUUUAUAAAUUUAAUUACACAAAUUUAAUUAUACAGAUUUAUUUACGGCACAUGCCGCACUAACACUCAGUGUCGAAAGUACCUGAUCAACUGAUUAAAAAGGAAAAAUCACAACAUCCUCUUUCUUUUUAACAUUCAGAAUUAUGCUACGGUGUCUCGUUUCGUCAGUCAGUUUAAGAAACGAAACUGGUAUUUUCAAAAGUAUAUGCUUAACAAGAAAAAGAAUGCAAUUAUAACUAAGAUCUUUAUCAAUGCCGAGAGCACAAUUCUGAGAUGGCCAAAGGGAGCUAACUUGAAUAAUGUCGCUCUAUAUUUUCUCAAAAGACAACAAGUAACGUACAUAGGUACGUUAAAGUCACAUAAGAAUAUAGAGCCGAGUCUGUAUAUAAAAAGAACAUAAGUUUAAUCGAUCACUGUAAAGUUGGUAGAGAGUUUCACCAGUCUGAACAUAAAAGAGCCGUUGUUGUAAAUAGACGUUAUAUUACGUGCAUAUAAAUAUGGAUAUUAUUGUAUUUGCAUCAUUGAAAAAAAAUCACACAAUUCAUGUUUCCUUCUCGUUUUGCUUGAAAAAAAAGAAAAAUGAAAAAAUAACACUGAGUAAUAUGUCCUUAAAUUGUGAGUGCAUAAACGAAAUACUACCUUGUAAGUACUCUACACACACCAACAAAACACUCAUAUAUAUUGUUUAUACAUGAAUUGUAUAUUAUGACAUAUAGUAAGAAUUUCACAAGCAACCUUUAUUCCUAUCAAGAGAGUGAAAUUUAAUAAUCACGGUAAAUCCAUAUAAAUGUAUAACGACUUAUGGGCUCUUACAGAUGACUAAUGGCUCCUAUAGUUGUAGGUGUUAAGGUACCGCGUAAGUGUUUUAACUAUAUUUUAAUGUUGAAGGUCAAUACAGAAUUGCCUGGUCGAGUCGUGCGAAGGUGUAAGGUUUCUUUCAAAAGCAGAAAGCGCUUCGCGUUUCCGACUAAUUCAACGCGACUGGAAAGAAAAAACUCGAAAAAGCGAAAAAAAAAUGAGAAAAAAACACGUGAGAGUAAAGUAUUGAGUGCAGCGCAGCUCGUGUAUGAGUUAUAUUUAUUGAUCGAAUCAAAGACGAUGAUGAACCUUUCUCAGAGCAGUAGGAAGAUAUUUGUUGUGAUAAUAAUAUUGAAUUUAGGCACCUAGGGUCUCUUACCAGAUUAACCUUUACCAACGUUCAAUCGAAGAUUAAGGAAUAAUUAACGGUUAAAGGACGGAGGCAUAUAAGCAGGAGGAGGGGAAAAUAUUACUUUUAUAAUAUUAAAGAGUAAAAGAAAAGUGUGUCUUUCUACGCGUACACAAUCGAUUAUUAUGUACAGCCUAUUAUAUUUUUCAUCGCUCGGCUUAAUUGGUCUAAUCGUGGGACUCGUUGCUAAUCGUAACGCAAUUUUAGUCUCCUCGAUUCUUGAAUAAUGGACCUGAGUCCGGCUAACCUGUGGUACGCGUAGACAUUCACACCGACCUCCUCCGGUUCACGUAGAUAAAUAUAUAUACUUUUAGUACGACUAAGGAGAGGAAACAAUACGAUUUUUAAUAUUAAUAUAUUUAUGACGAGCUAUUAGCCUAUCUGUUUAUUAUCAUUUAAUGAUUAUUCGUAGGUUUACCCUCCUAGCGAAUGUUGUCCAUUAUUGAAUGUUGUGAAAAAAAGUAUAUGCGGGUAGCUUGGCAUGCGCUGUAUGUUACACAAAACUACACGAAUAUACACAGACUCUACAAUGCGAAAGCCACUUUGCUUCUCUGUAAAAUCUCGUACAGUUUUUUAAAUUCUUUUUUUAAAUAGCAAUGUCCAAUCAAUUUCUUCGUUGAAAAUAUUUUAUAAAGAUAUUUUAUCACAGUAUUUUGUUGAAUAUUUUUUUAAAGGCGAGAGCGUACAACGAUCCGGAAAUUGCAGAGAGGCAAAAUUGCUUUUUUGGGUGGUAGAAUUGCACAAAGUACACGCAUUAUGUACGUAAAUGUAAUGCGUCCCUCGAUUCGAGGCUGUGAUUACAUUGGAAUCAAUCAUAUCACCUCGUGCAGAUGCUCACGUCUAAUGUAGGCAGCCUCGAUGGGAAAACAUAUUUAAAAACAGAAAAAGCAAGUAGGGAAUUGUGGUAUGAAAGUCGUACCACCAGUGAAAUCCAGUUUUCCAUUGAGAGUAAAUUUAGAGAUUCUCAAACAAAAAAAGUUGAAGCAAGCAAGCAAAACACAUUUCACUCUCCUAUUUUUCGAAACUCUUCGAAUAUCAAAGCUAGGUUCGAUCGCAUCUUUUUUCUAUUGAAGACCAAGAAAUAGGGGAUAAAAACGAAUCGGUUUUAACGAAGGAACAAAAUGGCGGAUAGUCGAGGGUACGGCCGUAAUCUAUAUGCAUACGUAUACAAUAUUAAACUAGCGUAAAGAAUAAAAAAAUACCCGCGCUCGCGCACUACACUUAAGGGUUUAGGGGUUUCGGAGGCAAGGGCGGUAAUUUUAGAUUUAAAUUAAUUAAGGUUAAGGUUGAAAAAACACACCUACAAUGUGAUAUUCUCGUGUCUUGUCUGACGAGAGACGUUGUUCUAAGAUAUAAAAUAGUUGGCGUUUGUCUUUUUGCGUAAUUUUUAAGGGACUAUUUAAAUACACACGGGACGGCAUAAAACAAAUAUUAUUGAGAAUGCGAGGUAAAAAUGGAAACGGGAAAGAGAACAGAAUAGAGUCGAGAAAGAAAUAUCCAUAAAGUUAGGAUCGAGGAAAAAUCAACGGGGAGAAAUUAAGCGCGUCUUUCUGCGUCUUCUUCUUUCUUUCAGACAUUUUUAUGUUUACUCCUUUCUUUCAAUCAGAGAAAUUCGCGAGAGACUAGCCCAGUUUUCCAGACCGUUAACCGUGCAUAUAGUCUCUAGGAUCUGAUUUCACAUGCCAUGUUAGUCAAUAAGAGUUUUCCGUUUAGUAUUUUAUUAUCGAUAUCCGCAAAACACGUAGGUGCACGUAUUCGUUCAAUGCGUUGUGUAUACCCGCCGUUCUUCAGCAUGUCCAUCGUCGCGCCACUGUGAAAAAUCCAGUAAGUUACACGUGCUCUGUGUCCAGUGAUUUCGUUCUUGAAACUGCCUUUUUUGAAGAAAAAAAGUCAUCUCAAUUCGAUUUUCCUUUGCAACGACAAUUUUUAGUGCAAUUUACUGGAUGCGAGUUUCGAGUUUACAGUUUCGGUUGUUCCUUCUCUCCAGAGGCCCUCUACCCCCUGCCCCAAUUUCCGGUCGUCAAAAGACGACCUGCUCAAAACACGACCAAAUAACAGGAGCUAAAAUUAAACGUAGAAUCAACGCAUAAUUUUAGGCGUAAACGGGUUUUUUGUGAUGAAAGUGAUCUUAAUCUACGUAGGAUGUCGCGCCUUUCCCUUUUUUUUGUGUUUCUCGAAUUUUUUCGAAUUGCGAGGCCGCGAAAUUUAUUGCAUUUUUUGGUAAUUGACCAAUACUCCAGUCCUUUUUGUAUAAAUUCUUGAAGGGAAUUGAGAGAGCAGCACGUUGGGAUGUUGAAUUUCAAGGUCAGAGUCACAAAGUUGAAUAUUUUUUUAAAGUCUCGUAAAUUCCACAGGCACCUUUGUCUCCCUAAUUAUUGUCGAUAAUAAAUAAGGUAACAAAUAAAGUGAUUUGUUAUUAUUUCUGUAAUAUAUAAAUUACUAUGUUGUUGAUAAUACUCAAAACGAUGUGUACUAAACGAUACCAACGACUUGAAUUAGCUAGCUUGUUAUUGUUUGCCUUUGUUAUUUAUUUUAAAUCUCGCGAUUGUGAUGAAUGCGUGCCCGAGACGAAAAAAAGGGCGCCUGUGGCGUGUGAGAUAAGCGAGCCGACGUGCUGGAUAUCUCUUUUUCCAGAACCUCUCGAUUCGACUGCCUUUUUUAAGGAAAAUUGCGACUUCUUUUUGGAUGCUCUUUAAUGAAGGAAUAGCAAAAUCGACAAGAACAUUAAUUUAAUCGAUUAAUCGAUAAUACUAUUACUACUGCUACUAUUACUACCAAUACUAUUACAAACAACUAUUACUACUACUUAACAUUAUUGUUACUACGACUGUUACUAAUAAUUAAUAUUACUACUACUUCAUGCGAUAUUUUGCGAGCUACCGUUGUUAUAUACAUAUAUGUGCUUGUGCGUGUACGGUACCUUAAUUUUCUGGUCGUUUUUUUUUUUACAUAUAUACGUGUUAAAUUAUUAAUGUGCUUCGCUAGUAAAUGGAUUAUUAAAAGAAGUAACACACGAGACAAAACAUAAACGCGAGACGUUUUCUAAUUAACGAAGCCAGACUCAAGUAUUAAUUCGAUCUCGCGCAAUAAACAAAUUGUAUUCAGGGGUGGGGGAAUCGUUCUUCCAAAUUGAAACGCAGGAGGGAACCGAAAACCAACAAUGGUGGACGAUAUUAAAAGUAAAAAAAAAAGUAAAAAAAAAAGAUGACGGCGGAUUGAAUUCAGUUCAAAUUUAGUAUUACGUAGGUGUGAAACGAGAUAAAUUUUAUGAAAGGAGUAAAUCAAUAUUAUGUGAAUCCUAGUUGUAACUAAUGAAUAACGCAUAAGGGUAUUUAUUUGUAGUAAGCGAUAAUUAACUUCGGGAUAUAAUGAA